CGGGAUGCUGGACGGUUCUGUAUCGGGGAGCGUCUUUGCUUCGCCCGCGACUGGACAAGUUCUUUACGCGAUUGCGCAGCUUUACAAGUAUCACUCGGGUGGAGUCAUUGUUAUAAUUGGAAAUUACACCGGUGAUCGAUUGAACUUCGGCAAAGCUAUUGAGAAAGCAAAAAUUGCUGGCAUUAAGGUGGAAGGUCUUAUAGUGGGAGAAGAUGUAGCGUCUAGUCAUAACAAGACUGGUGGACGCAGUAUGUGUGGUGAAGUUUUCUUCUACAAGUUAUGCGGUGGUAUGGCAGCAAAAGGCUUCGAUUUGGUAACAAUACGCAACAUAGCCGCUGAGGCGAACAAGUUCAUGGCUACCCUUGGCGUUACCUUGUCGCCUUGCUCUUUACCCGGCCAACACACUCUAUUCGAAAUAGCACAUGAUGAAUUAGAGCUCGGUGCAGGAGUACACGGAGAAGCUGGUAUUACGAAAAUGAAGAUAGGGACUGCCAAAGAAGUUGUAACUAUGAUUCUGGAUAAGGUAGUAGCUCACAUAAAAUUAAAGAGUGGCGACAGAGUAGCGGUCAUGAUUAAUAACUUGGGUGGAACAUCUUUACUCGAAAUGAACAUUAUUGCAGCAGAAACUAAGGACUAUUUAGAAAACAAAAGAAUAACGCCAGAACGCAUAUUCUCCGGACACAUGAAGACAUCGCUUGAAAUGCAUGGCUUUCAAAUCUGUUUGAUGAACCUGAACCAGGAACAUGGCGAUUUGUGGUUGGAACUUUUAGACUAUCCCACAACUGUGUUGGGAUGGGCUGGUGGACCUCUGUCCGUGAAGGGAGAUGGAGGAGUUGGUGAUGAUGAGACUUUACUGCAGGCACAUAGUCGGAAGAUCACAACAGGCCCGAAACUAUCACCAAAAGAGCAGGAAAUCUUUAGAGGUUGCUUGGAAACAGCUGCCGAAGAAGUAGCCAAGAAUGAAGGUCUUCUCAAUCGUUUGGAUUCAGGCUGUGGGGAUGGAGAUUGUGGGAAUACGCUUAAGAAAUUUGGACAAGCCAUCACAUCGUAUUUGAAGAUGUCAUCAUUGGAGUAUCCAUCUAACGUGCUGUGGGACCUAUCCGAAAUCGCGGAGACCGAUAUGGGUGGCUCCUCUGGCGGUAUUUACAGUUUAGGACUAUCUGCUGCUUCACAAACUUUAGCAAAUGCCAAAUCAAACGAUGCCAGCGCUUGGUUAACGGCGUGGCAGGGGGCAAUGGAGGCUAUUACAAAAUAUGGUGGAGCGGAGCCGGGUGACAGAACUAUGUUGGACACGUUAUACCCAGCAUCUGUUGUCUACAAAGAGAACAUGAAGGGUGAUAUUAAAACGACACUCAAGAAGACUGUCGAGGCAGCUGAUAAAGGAGCUAAGGCUACAGCUAAUAUGACUGCCAAAGCCGGCCGAGCUUCGUACGUGUCAAGUAUUUACACUCAAGACGAAGACGCAGGUGCAAGAGCUGCCGCCAUCUGGCUUCAAGCUAUACUCAAUUAUAUUAUAGAUAAAUAUUAAACGUAUUUAAAUGUAUUUUCAUUUUGAUUUUACCAAAUUAUUUUAGACCGUAACUUAAUGGCAUAUGGUUGUUUUUUUAAACUUCAUGUGCGACUUGUCAGUAGUAAAAUGGAUCUUUGAAAUUUUACAACAGACCAUCGAGUAUAUAACCAGAAAUAGAGACGAUAUGUCAUUUAAUUUAUUUGAAAUCUAUUCUGCCAAAUCAUUACGGUGACAACUGCGCUCUGAUUGGCC